AUGUCACAAUUACAAGACUCUAGUAUACGACAAUCAGAUCCUGAUUCUGAUUUGGAUUCUGACUCAAACUCCAAUACUGAUUUGGGUAGUUUGGUUGAUCAGGGGAAUGCACAGUUUGAAGAUGAGUAUAUUGCCACAGAGGAGCAAACGAACUUGGAGCCAAAAGUACCACUAUCCACCUCAAUUGUUCUUGAUAAACUACCGCAAGAUCAGCAAAGUCAAUUGAAUCAUAAUCCUUAUUUAAAGAGUGAACAAAAAAGUCAAUCAAGAGAAGGAACCAAAUUCAGAAUGGAAACAGUGCUGCCGAAAAAGACUACUGAGAAGAACGAAAAUCAACAUUCAUCAGCAUCUACUACCAAGUCACCUGAGAAAGUCACAAUUCGUUUUCAGCCUAUUGGAUCUACUACAGCCAUCCACCCUAAACUAUUCAAAAUUUCGUCUGUGCAAUCCAUACUGACGGUGAACAAAUUCCUUAGUCAGAAGUUGAAAACCAACGAAAGACAGCCAUUACAUUUGUAUAUACAAAAUUCAUUCCUGCCCAGUCCCGAUGAACGAGUUGGUGAUUUGUAUGCAUUGUUUGCCACAAACCAUGAAUUGAUUAUAAGUUAUUGCAAUACUAUUGCUUUUGGGUGA